UUGAUGUGGUUGGAUUUAAUAUCAGCUUCGCUAGAAAAUGCUGUUGCAACAACUGGAGGUUUCUGCGCGGGUCGAUCAUUUGUUAUUGGACAUCAACGGCUAUCUGGGCUUGGUUAUUGCUUUUCUGCAUCAUUACCUCCUUUGUUAACAGUAGCCGCAAGUGAAGCAAUAAAUAUUAUUCAAGAAAAACCAAAUCUUCCAAAAAUUCUUCGUCAAAAGUCAAUUGCUUUACACAAAUUAAUUCUGAAUACAACUGAAGGAUUAAAAUUCGUAGUGAUUGGGGAUGAAAUAUCACCGUUGAAACAUAUUGGAUUUGAACACGAAGAUAAAGAUGUGGUUGAACAAGUAUUGAAUGACUUUGUUUCCGAGCUCCAAACAGUCGGAAUUCUUGUAUCUAGAGCACAUUACCUUUCAGACCAGGAAGCAUUUUCACAAAAGGCGACGGUUAAAGUUACUUGUCGUGUUGACGUAACCGACGAGGAAAUGGAGAAAAUUGGGGAAAAAUUUCAUUUGGUAAUGAAAAAAUUGAAUAGAGGGGAUGAUUAA